AUGGAGGCUGAUUGGAUAGGACUACCUAGGUACAGUGAAGCAUAUGUCAGUGGGAUUCAAGCAUUUGUGGAAUAUGCGUUUCCCCUUUUUUCCGUAGGUGAAGAAAUGAAGUGCCCCUGCAAGAAAUGUAAUGGUCAAUAUUGGCAUCGUCAGGAUGUGAUUUAUGAUCAUCUCAUUUGCAGAGGGCCUUCCGCUUUACAUGUCCAAUGGAUAUAUGAUGUCUCGCAAAAGAAAGUCGAAAAUAAUACUGCAAAUAUAGGUUCUGACUUUAUGGAUUGCGAAACGGGGUAUGAUUUUGGUGAUAAUUUAGAAGCGAUGGGGAAGAUGUUUGAGAAUUUAGACGAUGGACCAGGUACGGAGGCUAAAAAGAUUUAUCGGCAUCUGAAAGAGGGAAAACAACCACUAUAUCCCGGCUGCAAGAAAUUUUCUCGUUUAAGUUUUAUGAUCAGGCUUUACCAUUUAAAAUGUAGUAAUGGAAUUAGCAAUUCUGCUUUUGGGGAAUUAUUGGGGUUGAUAAAGGAUGCUUUCCCCGAAGCAAAUAUGCCUUUGUCCUUCAAUGCUGCGAAGGACAUGAUUAGGGACUUGGGCCUUCAUUACGAGAAAAUACAUGUUUGUCCCAAUAGUUGCAUGUUGUAUUGGGAAGCAAAUAAAAAUAAACAAGUCUGUGAUAUUUGUGGGGUAUCUAGGUGGGUUAUACAAGAGAAGAAAGGGUCUGCCCAUAAUAACGAUCCAGAGAAGUUAGUUACUAAAGUGCCAACAAACGUUAUGAGAUAUUUUCCACUAAAGCCUAGGCUACAAAGAUUGUUUCUGUCCAAGGAAUCUUCCAAAUUGAACACAUGGCAUGCAGCGGGAAGGACGGAAGAUGGGAAACUAAGGCAUCCGGCGGACGCCGAAACUUGGAACACAAUGGAUGCUAUGUAUCCUGAUUUUUCUUUGGAAAUUCGAAAUAUUUCACUAGGUGUAGCUGCUGAUGGAUUUAAUCCAUUUCGUUCUAUGAAUUUAAGUCAUAGUACAUGGCCAAUUCUACUUGAAAACUACAACCUCCCACCUUGGCUCUGCUUGAAACAGGAAAAUUUGAUUCUUUCAACGUUAAUAUCGGGACCAGAAUCUCCGGGAAAUAGUAUCGAUGUCUAUAUGCAGCCUUUGAUUGCCGAAUUGAAAGAAUUAUGGGAUGUCGGCAUCCAAACUUAUGAUGCCUUGACUGAUCAUAACUUUAAUUUACGGGCAAGGGUGCUUUGGACCAUUAGUGACUUUCCAGGAUACGCUAUGUUGUCGGGUUGGAGCACAAAGGGUAGACUAGCGUGUCCAAUAUGUCACUACGAAACUUGUUCUGAAUAUCUGAAACAUAGUAGAAAAAUGUGCUACAUGAAUCAUAGAAAAUAUCUCGAUCCUUCACACAAAUGGAGGUUUGACAAGAAAAGAUUCAAUGGGCAGAUUGAAACGAGGCAGAUUCCGGAUCCAUUAACGAGAAAGGAUAUCGAAGAAUUGUUGUUUGGGUUUGAAAAUCAAUUUGGGAAGAAACGCAAGGGAAUGGGAAAGAGAAAGCGUAAAAUCGACUCUCCUUUCAAAAAGAGGUCAAUAUUUUUUAAUUUGUCGUAUUGGAAACAUGUUCAACUUCGACACAAUCUUGACGCUAUGCACAUAGAAAAAAACUUAUGCGAAAAUAUAUUAGGUACUUUACUAAAUAUUGGUGGCAUGUCAAAAGUCCACUUGGGUGCUCGCUUUGAUUUGAAAGAAAUGGGAAUAAGGAAGUCACUUCACCCUGUUAAAGGUGCAGAUGGAGAGACUUACGAGAUUAUGGCAUCCAUCUUUGACAUGACAGAUAAGGAGAAAGAUGUCUUUUGCAAGCUGUUGAAGAAUGUGAAACUGCCUUAUGGCUGUGCUGCUAAUAUAAGUCGUUACGUGCACACAGACGAGAGAAAAGUAGUGGGGUAUAAAAGCCAUGACGCGCAUUUUAUCCUCCACUACUUGUUACAAUUUGCUGCAAAGAAAUCACUAAAACCUGAGGUGGAAAAGCCGUUGAUCAAAUUAAGUGAAUUUCUUAGAGGCUUAUGGAGCAAGGUGAUUGUCUUGGAUGAUAUUGAGAGGUUGCAAGAAGAAAUUGUUGAAAUUCUCUGUGAAUUUGAGAUAAUAUUCCCACCUGCCUUCUUUGACAUCAUGGUGCACCUACCUGUCCAUUUGUGUAAUGAAGUUAAAUGCGGCGGACCGGUGCACCUUCAGUGUAUGUAUCCUAUUGAGCGGUAUCUUGCAAAGCUUAAAUCAUAUGUACGUAAUAGGAGCAAACCAGAAGGCUCAUUUGCAGAAGGCUACCUAGCAGAGGAGUGUAUCACAUUUUGUUCAAGAUUUUUGCUUUGUGAAGAAGCAAAAGAAAAUACUGAUUUUGGAAGAUGUCCAACAAAUGUGACGUACCAUAUUGGAACAAGAAGGAAUAAGGAUGGCAAAGUUUUCCAAUUAAAAGAUUCAGAAUGGAAAGCAUGUCAUACCUACACUAUGUUCAAUAGCGGCAAUAAGGAAAUUGAGGCUUUGCUUGAGUAA